AUGCCGCCGUCUCUGUCCGACCCCGACAUCGACCCGCGCAGCGGCUACUGCGCGGCCACGAGGACGUUCCACGGCCUGCUUUCGCCGGCGCCGCUACCUCCGCCGGACCUCCCGCUCUCCUUCCCGGCAUUCGCGCUGUCCUUCCUCCCCGACCCGCUGCCCCCGUCCCGCCCGGCGCUCGUCGACGCAGGCACCGGCGAGGCCGUCCCGUUCCCGGCCUUCCUGUCCAGGACCCGCGCGCUCGCUGCCGCGCUCCGCACCCGCGUCCGCCUCGCCCCGGGCGACGUCGCCUUCGUGCUCGCGCCCGCGGGCGUCCACGUCCCCGUGCUCUACUACGCGCUCAUGUCCAUCGGCGCCGUCGUGUCCCCCGCCAACCCAGCGCUCACCGCCGCCGAGGUAUCCCGCCUGCUCGCGCUCUCCAACCCCCGCGUCGCGUUCGCUGUCGCGGGCACCAGAGGCAAGCUCCCACCCGGGCUCCGCACCGUGCUGCUCGACUCCCCGACUUUCCUCUCGUUCCUGCACGACGAGCCCGAGGACGACGUGGCGGCGGCGGCGGCGGUGGUCCGGCAGUCGGACCCGGCGGCGGUGCUGUACUCGUCCGGCACCACCGGGCGCGCCAAGGCGGUAGUGAUCACCCACCGCAACCUCAUUCCCUGCACCGCCACGCAGGCGCCGGCCCCGGGGCCGGAGGUGUUUAUGGUCGCCGUGCCCCUCUUCCAUAUCUAUGGCUUCAUCCUCUGCCUCAGGGUGCCGUCGGCGGCGCACACGCUGGUGCUGCACACGGCCAGGAGGAGGUUCGACGCCACGGCGGUCCUAGCUGAUAUACCAAGCUUUGGAGUAACGCGCCUGGCGCUGGCGCCCCCGGCGCUGCUGGCCAUCGUGCGGGCCGCCGAGGAGGACGUGGCGGCCACCGCCCGCGUGUCCACGCUCAAGGCGGUGACCUGCGGCGGCGCGCCCGUCGCGGCUGACCUCAUUGCGCGCUUCUCGCGCAAGUUCCCCGGCGUAAGGCUUGUGCAGGGAUACGGUCAUACGGAGACUACAUCCGGUUUCUGCCGUGCUGUUGGAGAGGAAGAAGGCGCGGGAAUUGGAUCCGUGGGCCGUCUUUCAUCGGGCGCCCAAGCGAGGAUUGUUCAUCCAGAAACAGGGGCUGCCCUGCCGCCUGGUUACCUUGGCGAGAAGGAUUCUACAUCUGAGAUCUUGGACAGUGAAGGAUGGUUGAGGACAGGAGAUGUUUGUUAUAUUGACCAAGUCGGGUUCAUUUACACUGUGGAUAGGCUGAAAGAGUUAAUUAAGUACAAAGGCUACCAGGUGCCUCCUGCAGAACUCGAAAGCCUGCUUCAGACACACCCAGAUAUUGUUGAAGCCGCAGUUGUCCCCGCGCAGGCGACAGCACCUCCCAAUGGCUGGCGGCCGCGACCGCGCGGGCUUGGAGACACGGGAAGCUCUCAGCGUCGAGGCCUCCUACCCCGCCGCCGUCGACUUCACCGCCGUCGAGUUCCUCCGCCCCGGCAUUCUCCUUCUCCAACCCCUCAUGGAGAUGCAGGGAAGCUCUCAGCGUCGAGGCCUCCUACCCCUCCGCCACCGACUUCACCACCGUCGAGUUCAUCCGCCCCGGCAUUCUCCUUCUCCAACCCCUCAUGGAAGCUUCCAACUGCCUCGCCAACGUCUUCAACCGCAAAGGCCCCUCCAUUUUCUUCCUCUACACCUACAAGGCUUCCUGCCCCCGCCUACGUCUUCGUCCUCCAAGGCCCCGCUGCUGAUUUCUUCCACCAAGCCUACAAGGGAGCAGGGGUACAGAGGAGUGGGGAUAGGCAUCGCGCUGCGCUCGACUCACCUUGCAACAUGUAG